AUGAAGGGCAAUGGUGCUUGUUGCGCUUCGUGCGUCCCGCUGAUAACGCCGUCGAGUCUAACCGUGUCGGCGAGGGGUCGCGUGAAAUUGGGCCAAGAGACCGGCGGGGGCCGAUUGGGCCGCGGUACGCCGCCGGUGCACCUGGCGGGCUACUUGGCGCCCGAAUACCGCCCCAACAAGAAAUGCUCCGACACGGAGGUGGAGAAGAUGUGGAUAUUCGCAUUGGGCGAGACCCUGAAAAGGGCGACAGUUCCCAACCACCAGUCCCCCUCGCGGAUAAGUGACGAACUCAGUCGGGUGCUUGCGGACAUGACGAAACUCAAUGCCUCGUCCAGGGCCUCUCUGAUGCAUCUCCUGGAUACAAUAUCAGAAUAUUGCAAAAACAAACAGCAGAAAAAACCUUUUUCUCAUAUUGUCAUGGAUUUGCAUCAGGAAGUCAUGGCUGCUUUAGAAGUGACUUCAAGCGAGUCGACCGCGGACGCGUUAGCAACGAUACCGAGAAGAUGGAUGGGUCUGGCGAGUAGGAACCAGCAACGGCAGACGAGAGAGGCCAGCACCAGCAUGGAGGAUCUGGUCGCGUGCGCUGCGACGUUGCCAAACCAGCCAGGGAACGUCGUGAGACCGAAGUCGUUGUGCGUGCCGAAUACGAGAAACUUUCAUCAUCUGAAUGAAGAUGGCGGUUUUGAGAACCGAAGGGACGAUGCCAAGGAUCACAUCAAUACCCAAGCGAAGCUCUCCAGAGUUACCACCGCAGCUCCGCGCAUGAGAGUCCGGAGGAAUCCAGUGCAUCGGGCCGCCUCUCGAUUGUACAGGGCCGGGAGCGAGGGCCCGCCGAGAAUCCGGUGCCCCGACGCGACUCCGGCGAGAGACUGCGUCGGACCGGAGUUCGUGGUCAGGGCGUCUCUCCCCAGCAAACAUCUCACGAUGCCGGACUCCAAAGGACCGAAGAAAACCGUCACCGUCAUCAUGCUGAACGGGCAAAAGUUGGACGUCCUCUGUAACCUCAACACGACCACUGCUGGACAACUGUUUGAGAUGAUUGUGCAAAAAGAACAAGUAGAGGAAAACUUCAUGCUGGGCCUGUCGGCUCUUAUAGCCGGCGAUUUCGUAUUUUUACCCUCGGACACCAGAAUCUACAAGGCGUUCCGCCACGAGCCGAUGCAAGCGGCCUCGCUGACGCUCUUCAUGCGCGUUCGCUUCUUCUUACCGAGCCUCAGAGGCGUGAGAGGCGUGCAAGCGCGACACCUGCUCUAUUUGCAGCUGAGGAGGUCCAUACUCGAGCACCAGCUGCCCUGCUCCUUCACGCAGCUCAUCGAGCUCAACGGUCUGGCGCUACAGGCCGAGUUUGCGGACUAUAACGAAAGGGAGCAUGGCACCCGAGAUUACUUCCUAAUAGAGCAUUAUGUGCCUGAAACGAUGUCGAGCAUAAUACAGGACUCGAAACGCUUAAGGCAGGAAUUAAUAAAGGCGCACAUUUCAAAGACUGGGCUGGACAUUGAAAAAGCCGAGCAAGACUUUAUUAUUGUUGCGCAAAGUCUGCCACAAUACGGGGGCCAUUUUUACACCGCUUUAUGGAUGUUGAAGGACAACAAUAAGGAUGUUUGGCUGUAUAUCAGCUCGCAGGGUAUAAAUUUGUAUGAACGGGGUCCUUCGACGAGCAACUGCGGCCCAUUGUUGUACGAGAAAUUUGAGUGGAGGAGCAUUCAAACUUUGUGCUAUAGCAAACAUUACUUGUGCAUUAUACCGCAUAGCACUACGAUGCAGGCGGCCAGGCUAAAAAAGUACAAGCUUAAAAUGGACCACAAAAAGAGCUACUUUACGUUCCGGCUAGCCUCCCUCCACCAUCAAUUCUUCCUCCGUCUCCGAACGGAAUUCACGUCGCUGCAAACUUUAUCGCAUCAGUUCGGCAUUCCGCUAAAAGACAUGAAGAACGAAACCAACUCUCUGUACAAAUUGGAAACGCUGACAAAUCACCUUUACUGCACAAUCGAUAACGACAGCACCGAGUACAGCGUGAACCUUAAAGCGGAACAUCCGCUGAGCAAACGGAGGAGAUCGAAGAGCUUCGAUAAUUUUUCCGAGCUGUUGGAACGGGAGGUCGUAAACGAGGACUUUCAGAACAAACAGAACGAGAGGCCGAGCGUUUUCGACGGCCCCGCUUUGAGAGGAUCGAAGUCUUUGGAGGACGUUAACGUGCCUGGCCAUCAGUACGACUAUUUGGAGGAGAUGUCGCUGCAAUCGGUUUCUUUGCACUGCAGCUCUACUUCCAUGUCGAGGUCGUCGAAUUUGGACCUCGACAGCGGUCCCACUGAUGAAGCAUACAUUAUUGAUUCGACGAUAAAGUCGUGCUCGCAUCAGUUCCUGCCCGACUUCCAGGAAUCCCUGAGCGAGUCGCUGCUGCACAAGCUGAACACGAUGUCGUUCGCCGAGGAGCGCACCAUGUCCGCCGUGACGGUGGAACGCGACGCGAGAGGCAGCCUCGGCGUCCAGAUAACAGAGGGCUCCGACGGCAACGUGUACGUCCAGUCGGUCAUCAUGGGCGGGCCCGCGCACCUCACCGGCAACAUACUGACCGGCGAUCGGGUCAUAGCGGUGGACUCGCGCAACCUGAUCGGCACGAGUAAAAGGGUGGAGUUCGUCGUUUCCAGGUUGCUGCCUUCCAAAGCCAGUCACGCGAUGAGUUUGAGGGCGCGUUGUAAUCUUUCGAACAUCGAAGAGUCGCAUCUCAGGAACAGGAGGAGUCCUGUCGAGAAGCACCUGACGGAAAGUUGCCAUGAUUCCUACAACACCGGGAAACACGCUGGCAAAAGUAUGGAUGUGCCGUAUCACAAACACAUCCGGUAUGAGGUCGAGCACAACAAAAAACAAACCCUCAACAAGUCGAAGUCGAUGUCAAACCUGCACUUUUCGCAAACCAACAACAAGGCCGUUGUUGUUGAAAUGAUCCCAAAGGAAACCACCGACAUAUCCGGCUUCCUCUCACUGGACAGAAAGCUCGUUAAAAAUCAAAAAAUCCUCGACGAUAGCCAGUGUUUCGGUGGGCAAAUCGCACUACCAAGAUCGUUGGGUUUGAGCAGAAAAUGGCGCGGACCAGUUCGAUACCCUGUAACUCCAAUAAAAAAAAUCACACCCAAUCUUGCCACCGAACCAGACGGCGUCUUCGUUAAUUCCGAUGACGAACAGGUUUUUAUCUGACACAAUUUUCCUUUAAAAGUACAUUGUGUGAAUGUAUAUAGUUAAAUAAUUAAUAAAUGUAAGAUAUAUUGUAUGGAUGUUUUAAGUUUUGUAUUACUUUGGUUUUCUUUAGAUAAAAAAACAAUUUAUGUUAUUAUUGGUUUGAGGCUCUAAGAGGAAAAAUUCAAAAAGUAGGUGGCUCUAAAGUCCCCAAACAAAAUGUCUAAACAAAAAAUGUAGGGCGCAACUAUACCAUUGAAAAACACGAUUUUUGCCAUUUAUUUAUACUUAAAAACGCGUGACGUCACGAUGUAAUAAUAUAGAUCUGUAGGAGUCCAAAAACUGA